CCAGCAGCCUCGCCGCCGCACCUCUCAGGUGUCUGUCGGCCGGGCGGCUUCACUGUCAGCGGAGUCGGUGGAGACAUGAACGCGCGGCGGCAUGGCGGACAGAGAGAAGCGGAAAGCCACACCACCGUCCGGCCGCAGCAUCCAGGUGAACUCUCCGGCCAGCUUCAGGCUGACUCAUGACAUCAGUCUGGACGAGUUUGAGGAUGAUGACCUCUCGGAGAUUACAGAAAUCACAGACGAGCGUGGAAUGAGCCUCAACUGCAACGGCCCUGAUAUUAAAGGCCGUGUGAGGCGAGGAACCAGUAGCAUGUCAGGGAGGGUGGAGCUGGGCGCAGUUGGCCAGUUUCAGGCAGAGAUGCUGCAUUUGGAACUCAUUGACGGUGCUGACGGUUACCGCGGUGAUAAAGACACCUCUACGGCAUCCGCUGUUGCAACCGCACCAGUCACCAAGGACUCUGGAGCAUCUGUUACCAUGGAUACAUACCGACCCAAGAGACCUACGACCCUUAACCUCUUCCCUAUUGUGCCUCGUUCACAGGACACAUUAAACAACAACUCAUUCGGAAAGAAAUACAGCUGGCAGGAAAAAGUUUCAGGCUCGUCCUCCCCACUUAAAACAGGUGACCUCACACCUCCACGAGAGCACAACUGUCUGAGUGACGAGGACAAGGUGCAGGGUGGGGCAGCACAGACCAAAGACAGAGGAACCUCCACCGAUGCCCCCUGCAGACACAGCCACACCUCGGGACACUCGCAUUGCUCAAGCUCAGGGGUUGCAACUCGAUCCAAGCUGCAGGAGAAACCACCCCAACCACCACCGCCACAGAACUACACUCCUGCUCCUCUGUAUCCAACGGGUAAGACGGACAGCUCAGGCCACCGAGAAAAGAUUCGCCACCAGGCAGAUGUUCAUCUGGAACCCACAGAGGAGAUUUAUCUGACUCCAGUGCAACGAUCAGUGGACCUUUUGGAACCCCCCAAUGUUCAGGAGCGACCUUUUCUCUCGCAGCAGACUGAGCAAGGGCGCAUGUCCAUAAGCUCUGAUACAGAGGGACCACCUCCUUAUCAGCCCCUCCCAGACCAGACCAACCCCUCCAUUUUUGAGGAGGACGAGCUUUACGUCCCUCCACCUUCCUAUGCUUCCUGUGUAGAGUCUCUCAUCACACCACCUAACUUGGCUGUUUCAGCACAGGGCUCUGUCGCACUAGACCUUAGCCUGACGGGGACAGGAGCAAGGGCCAUGCUGAGAGCUGGCUCAUCGGUAGAAUAUGUGGACGCCACCGAUGACAGCUAUUGUGGUGAGGAUGAGGAUGUAGACAGAAUAAUAAUGGACAGGAAGAUGAAAAAGACAGCAGGAAAUGGAGACGGUGGUGGCAGUAAACCUGCCAUACUAAGGACUACCAUGAGCUCCGAAGCCAGCAGCCUGACAUAUGACUCAGUGAAAUACACACUAGUGGUGGACGAACACGCUCAGCUGGAGCUUGUCAGUCUCAGACAGUGUUACCAAGGCUACAGCGAUGACAGUGAUUCAGCCACAGUCUACGAUAAUUGCGUCUCCUCUCCAUAUGAGUCGGCUAUCGGGGAGGAGUACGAGGAAGAUGAAGAUGAGGAACACAACCAACAGACCGGAGCAGCGCAGAGGGAAGCCACAGCUUGCCUCUCUGAAGACUCAACACCAGAGGAAGAUCUGCAUUUCUCCAAGAAGUUCCUUAAUGUCUUCAUGAAUGGUCGCUCUCGCUCUUCUAGUGCUGAGUCCUUUGGCUUAUAUUCUUGUAUUAUAAAUGGGGAAGAGAAAGAUCAGACCCACAGAGCAGUAUACAGGUUUGUGCCUCGACAUGAUGAUGAGCUGGAGUUGGAGGUGGAUGACCCGUUGCUGGUGGAGGUCCAGGGAGAGGAUUACUGGUACGAGGGUUACAACAUGCGAACUGGUGCGCGUGGAAUCUUCCCCGCCUACUACGCCAUAGAGGUGAACAAAGACACUGACUGCUACAAAGUUAAGUUAACAUACCGCUUGAAGUUCCUUGGCUCAGUCCAAGUGCCGUAUCACAAAGGAAAUGAUGUUCUGUGUGCAGCCAUGCAGAAGAUUGCCAAUAACAGACGAAUGACCGUCAAGUUCAACCCACCUUCCUUCUGUGUCCUGGAGAUCAGCGUCAAAGGAAUUAAGCUUGCAGUUCAAGAGGAUUAUUAUGCUUGUGACAGAAGUAACGAGUGCAGUCACUUCUUCCAAUUAAAGAAUGUGUCUUUUUGUGGCUAUCAUCCUAAAAACAGCAAGUAUUUUGGUUUUAUCACUAAGCACCCAGCAGAUCAGAGAUUUGCUUGCCACGUAUUUGUGUCUGAAAACUCCACCAAACCUCUUGCUGAGUCAAUUGGGAAAGCAUUCCAGUUGUACUACAAAGAGUUUGUGGAGUUCUCGUGUCCAACAGAAGACAUUUAUCUGGAGUAACCCCGCCUUUGACCACAGCCUUGUACAGUACACUGUAUCAUAACAUAAAUGUGCAUGAAGAACAAAUAUUUAAAAGGGAAUAAGAAGAACAAUGACUAACAUCUGUAACAAACACACAAUAACUAUUUAACUCCCUUAGCUGUCAUAAGGACACCGGUGUCCUCAUGGAACCAAUGGAUAACAUGCAAGCAUUUUCAGGGUGACGAUUAAGGGGUAAACAUUUGUUCAGGAGUAUGGGAUAGAAAUGAGUCAAAGGAGAAAAAAAUAUGCAAAGGUGAGAGUCAAAAGGUGGAGUCCAUAAAUGCAAAGCACAAGUGAUGCACUUCUGCAGCAGUGGGUACAAUACUUAGUCGGUAGCAGCAUCUCAGCAGCUCCAUCAUGAGAUCACUAGAUUACUUUACAUUUCAAAUGCAAAUAAGGCAAACAAUAGUAUCUUACUUCCAAAAAUAACUUCAUCAAGUUUCUUUGUCUUUAAAAAAUGAGGGAGCUUUACAGCUACAACAAUAAGAAAAUGAACACCGGUCAGAGUGUGCAGUAACUCAAAUAAAAGAACAGUGCAGAUUAUUAUUAUUGUUUUUUUUUUAUUAGGAAGCCUUGUAUAAGAUUAUAUCCACAAGCCACCGUAAAAUAAGGUUUUGAAAACUAGCUAAAAGAUUCCAUCUAAAUUGUAGGUCAUAUUGAUGUUUGGCAGAAAUUAACUUGGUUCACAUUUUAUCAAACACACAAGAACAGGUCGGAUGUAAGUUAAUCUGCUGGAAAAUGUCUGAAAUUAUGGUUCGGAAUGAAAUGAGCAGGCAAGUAGAUCCCUAUUUGUUUUUCUGGAAUCAUUCCGGUUGCUGAUAACCUGAUUAAAUGGGCUAGGAUGCUAAAGGUGUACAGGUUUCAGGCUCAAUGUCUGUAUACAUCUUUUGAGUGCAGAGAAGACAAAAUAUACCAGCUGACCUGCAUUCAAAACAAAGAAAAUGGUCUUACAGAUUCUGUUGUCACACUUUGUAGUCUGCAGUGUAAUCACCAUCUUCUAUAGAUGUAGCUGAACUUAAAAAAAAUAUUCCAAUGAUCUAAAUAAAUUUUAAAAAACCAAUAACACUGUGCAAUUACUGUGUAGGGUAAAGAACAUCUUUUGUUGACACUGCAGGACAAAGCAAAGCAGCUGUGGUUUAAUGUUCCAUAAAGGUUGAGUUAAUGUUUCACUUUUUGCAUUUCCUGAAUAUCAGACAUACCUUGUUAAAUGUGACCCAAUCUGUUCCUUGAGGUGCCAGCAAAGAAACAAAUUCUAAGCUCUGUUUGUCUUCUUAUCUUCACUAGUAGUGCCUCUUUUAUAUUAAUUAAUUUUAAACUUUCUCAAUAAACAUAUUUUGCCACCGAGUGUGUUUAGUUUACGGGUUUUGGUUGAGGAUUAAGAAGUCGGAGUGUUUCACUGUAACUGGCUCUUUAUGCCACCGUAUUGCAUUUGCUGUACAACAUCCUGGCUCUUGAAGUUAAGCCUGAUAAAAUAACUCAUUUGACAAAACAAUUUUUUCACCUAUUGGGUAAAUCAAACAAGGUUACUUGAGAGGAUUAAAACAUUCUGACAUCUGUUUGAACACAAGCAGGUCUGAAUGUAAAAUAUAGUGUAAAAGAUUUGUUGUCUAAAUCUGCUAUGUGAGAGUAAAUAUGUCUCAGGUGGGCUGGACAACAAGUAAAAAGGUGCUAAAAUUAUAUAAAACUUACAAUAAAUGUAUGCAGCCAAAUUUUUUUUUUUUUUUUACUCGUGCUUGUUAACAUUUAGUUUUUAUUAUAUUGUAUUUUACAGAUUAUAUAAAAUGCCAGUAAAUUCUAUUGUCAUAUCCAAAGUUUCCAAAAUGCCCCAACUGUGUUUUGAUUUGGAUGGGUAUUGUUGAAAAUAACAACUGUUUAUUAAUCACAAGAGAAAAAUAUGUUAAAGGCACAAAAUGUUUUUUGAAAGGGGGUGGGGCUACCUGGUUCUGCUCAAAAUUACCCAAAUCAUAUUCCUUGUUGUCACGUAAGAAUAAUUAACUGAAUUUAAAACAUAAAAGCACGUAGUGGCAACUUGUGCAAGAACGAAACAAAGCUAACCGUCUUGACACCAAAAUAAGGUGUUCGUUUCACCUUGUCAGGUGUUAAAAGUAAAGGCAAAUUAAAAUCUUACCAAUGCCAGUUUGAACACACAUGAAUUGCUGGAAGACACAACCUAAAUGCCAGCUUCUCUGGAAAUAGGAAACUGCUGCAUAAGCUGUAGAACAAGGUGAACAGCAUUAGGUACCUUCUAAUUAUCCUGAAGAGAAGUAAUAGAAAAGACAUUGCUGCCUUAGAGGACUGGUUGGUCUGACAUAUUCAUCCUACAACAGAAACUACCAAGGUGUAAUGUUGCAGUACAACAGGUUUAAUGUUGCAGGGUACAACAUUACACCUGGCUGCAGGUGUAAUGUUACAGGGACACCAAACAAAGGAUAAUAUUUUAAAUGAAUAGAAGUGAAGGUAAUACCAGUCAGUUAUCUAAAGGCAUUUGACAUGUUUUUACCAUAGCUUCACAAAAAGAUGCAAAAUGUUAUGGAAAGUGAAGAGCCUUGGCUGUCAUACAAAAAUACCUAAAAUAUUGAGUUUUUGAACCAUAAUUUUUUUUAUUUUUUUGUCACCUAUUAUGCGACACAAGUAAUCUUUUUGGAGGUGUAUAUUAAAAUAUACAUAGGGCCUUGGUGAUCAUUACAGAAAACCAGUGGAUUACUAUUUUUAUCUUAUGGUGUCUUGCUAUUAGCAUACUACUGUUAGAGCAAAGUGACAUAAUGACAUUCAUUUUUUUUCUACAUCUUGUCUAACUUCUAAUUAGAUCAUUUUACAGAUGGGUAUUGUAUGUUUCACAAAAGAAAAAGGUAUGUAAGCUAAAGAUAAAUACUUGAAGAUUACUGGACUUUUCUAUUCAGCUCAACGGUUACAUUUCUGUCACUUUCAACAUAAAAGUCUAGCUGACAUUCUUUUUCCAAACUUAUUUUUCAAGAGCCAGUCAAGGUAACAGAGAAUUUACUGCAGUGAAAAUGAUACAAAAAGAUGUAAAAAAAUAAAAUAAAAUGCCAUAUAUAAAUAGUAAUGUAAUAUUUGUAAUUAUGAAGAAUAUAUUGUACUGUUUCAGUGUGUUGUAAGUGAAAUUUCUCUUGUUUUGGAUCUUUUACAGCUGUGAACUAUUCUUGAUUUAAAACUGUUAAAGCAGA